GCACCUCCACCUCGCAUACCCCCGCCAUGCAAGCCUCAUUGAGUUGAUCAAGGGCAACCGAGAGGUGGACGUUGAGGCCGCCCUGCCUGGCGAGACCGUGGACGUGGAUGACAUGGACCAAUUCGGCUCCACGCCACUGAUUCUGGCUGCUCAGCGUGACUGGGCCUUCGUUGUCGGCGAGCUGCUGCGAAGGCCUGGCGUGGAUCCGAACCACCAGAAUCUCUUCGGUUCGACUGCCCUGAUCUGUGCGGCUGCGAACGGCUACAUCUCGACUCUUGAGGAGCUGCUGGGCGACCAGCGAGUGGAUCUGGAGGUGAGCACCCGCUUGGGGCAGACGGCUCUUUUCAAGGCUGUGCUCUUCGGGCACAUGAACACAACUGAGCGGCUUCUGCAAGCAGGCGCCCAGGCCAAGAUCACCAACAAGAUGGGCCAGACGCUCUUGGACGUGGUCCGAGAGCACCAGCACUCAACGGUCAAAGAGCUACUCGCCCGCUUCGGCCAGGAGCCUGCCGAUGGUCCCGGCGGCUUCAAAGAGAUGCGCGUUCAUCUGGGGUCGGCCUGUAUCGUGAGAGGCAACUUCACAGCGAAUGGUCAAAACCAUGGGAAGCCAACGUACAAGAAGGAAGACCUGGAGUUCGGUGAUCACCAAGUCAACGGCUUGGAUGUCAUGCUCUACUACUGGGACGAGCGUGACGGUCCCAACUUUUGCGGCUGGUGGUUCGGGCCCAAGGUCGGCGGCGACCAGGUGUGGGCCUACCAUCCAAGCCGCCAGUCUUUGACGCCUCCCACCAAGGGAUGGAAGGUGCCCUACGACGGCCCUGUGGAUGACAGCUUCUCUAUCUGUCCGACUUCGCUAGCCAAUGCGAACGCGGCCCAGCAGAAUUACCCCCAGGGCUUUCAGCAGGCUCCCGGCAAGGGCGGAGGGUAUCAAGCACCCGGAGCCUAUGCCGGUCAACAGCCGGGACCGGGUGCCGGUGGCAAGGGCAGCUAUGGCAACAUGCCCCAGAACGACCAGCAGCGCCACGAACUGCAAGCGCAGAACCGACGGCAACACGAGCAGCGGCGCCUUUGCGGCUUAGUGGUUCAGGAGUAG